AUGUUGUCGAAAGCGGACGUUGACCUCUACGAGGUCUUGGGCAUUGACAAGAGUGCCAGCAAGGAUGACGUCCGGAAGGCUUAUCGCAAGGCCGCCCUAGCAAACCACCCCGACAAAGUCCCCGAAGCCGAAAGAGAAGAAGCAGAGGUUCGAUUCAAGGCCGUGCAGGAAGCCUACGACAUCCUCUACGACGAAGAAAAGCGUGAAAUCUAUGAUACCCACGGAAUGGGUGCUUUCAACGGCUCCGGUGAACCGGGUAUGGGCGCGGGCCCUGAUCUGGAUGAUAUUCUUGCGCAGAUGUUCGGUGGUAUGGGAGGUAUGGGCGGCAUGGGCGGCAUGCCCGGUGGACCGCAUGCGCGUAAGCCGCGCAAGAGCCCGGAUGAGGAGCAGAAGUAUGAGGUUCGCCUGGAGGAUCUGUACAAGGGCAAGACAGUCAAGUUUGCUAGUACGAAGAACGUGAUUUGCUCUCAUUGUCAGGGCAAGGGUGGUAAGGAGAGGGCGACGGCCAGGAAGUGCUCCACUUGCGAUGGUGAAGGUUACAAGCAAAUUUUGCGCCCGAUGGGUCAGUUCCUGUCUCCGGCUAUGGUGCCCUGCCCUACCUGUAACGGAGCGGGUGACUACUUUGUCGACAAGGAUAAGUGCAAGAAGUGCAAGGGCAAGAAGACCACCGAGGCCAAGAAGAUGCUGGAGAUCUACAUCCCUCGCGGGGCGAGGGAAGGAGACAAGAUCAUCCUCGAGGGCGAGGCCGACCAGGUGCCGGGUCAGGAACCUGGAGAUAUCGUUUUCCACAUCGUGGAAGAGGAGCAUGAGACUUUCCGGAGGGCUGCUGCUGACCUGACAGCAACAAUUGAUGUUACGCUGGCCGAGGCCCUGACGGGCUUCUCCCGGGUGGUGGUCAAGCACCUUGACGGUCGCGGAAUCGAAAUCCAGCACCCCAAGACCCCCGGUGAGGUUCUCUACCCGGGCCAGGUCCUGAAGGUUCCUGGUGAGGGUAUGCCCAUUAAGCGCAGCGAUGCUCGCGGCGACCUGUACCUGGUCGUCAACAUCAAGUUCCCCGACGGGCAAUGGAAGCCCAGCCCUGCUGUUCUGGAGCAGCUCAAGGAACUGUUGCCCAAGCCGGAACCCCCCAUUCAGGCUGACACCGUGGACGAGGUCGAAUUCGACCCCAAGGGCAACCUGGAUGACUUUGGGGCGCAUGACCCCGAAGGAGGUUCUGCCUGGGAGGAUGACGAUGAGGGUGAGACAACUGCUCAGUGUGCGACGCAGUAG